CAUUCCUGCUUAAGAAAAUGGAAGUUGAAGGGCGUAAGUUGAUAAAAUCUUUAUAUCAAGGAUCGGAUGAUGUUCAUGAUUUUCCCUGUUCACCUUGUGCUAAAGAAGAGAAGAAUGUGGCUGCUGCCAAACAUUGUGUAGAAUGUGAUGUAAACCUGUGUACAACGUGCUUGAAUCAUCACAGUAAAUUCUCUGUGAUGAAGGGGCACCAGUUACUGGACAAAGUGAAAACUCCCGGUGGACAAAAACCUGAGCUGCCGAGUCAGAGAUGUGACAAACAUGGUGGAAAUGUGAUAGAUGUCUACUGCCCUAGCCACGAUAAAGUUGGCUGUUCCACUUGUAUUGCUGUAGAACACAGUACUUGCCAGGGAAUAAGCUUCAUACCAGAUGUAGCAAAGCACUCGAGAAGUUCUGAAGAGCUUCAGCAACUGGAAACAGCAAUAAGCAGUUUACAGACACGCUUUCUCGCUUUAAAACAAAAGAAGCAAAAGGAAUUAGAUUGUUCGAAGCGAGAAAAAGAUAAGCUGCUUCAAGAAAUAAAAUCUGAAAGAAAGAAAAUCAACGACCAGUUAGAUAAGAUGGAAACGGAGCUCCUAAACGAAGUGGAUGCGUCAUUGAAGAUGAAAGUGCAGAAUAUAGAUUCGGACAUCAAAGAAGUUGAAGACACACUUGCUUCACUUGGAAAAGAUCGACAGAAGAUACAGGCUGCAAAGAGUGAGAAUGUUUCGGAGAAAUACGUUCAAGUUAAACUUGGACAUGAGAGACAGAAAGUUGCAACAGACCGUUUAGAAACUCUGGAAAGAUCUAAGAAAAUCGGAAGACUUUGGUUUGAUCCUUAUCAUCAGAUAACCGGUUCUAAAAACAAUAUUGUAGGACAGAUCAUAAGUUAUUCAGCUAUUGAAGCUGAAAGGUUAUUUGGCGAAUUUGAUGCAAGAAUUGGUACUGAUGGUGCUAUUUGCAUUGAAGACAUGUGCCUUUGUGAAAGUGGAAGCAUUACAAUGACAGAUUACGACAAUAAAAAUAUCAAGAAAAUGAAUAAAUCAUACUCUGUCACAUCAUUCCUGACCGUAAAUGAUAAUCCAUUCGGUAUUUGUCAGAUUGAUAUGUCCCUUCUUGCCGUUACUCUAACAAACAAGAAGAAAGUUCAGUUUAUCUCCCAGAAGGAACCAAUGACGUUACACAAUUCAUUUAAUGUUGGCGACCGUUGUCGUGGUGUUGCAUACAAUGGCGGGUUGAUUUAUGUUUGCUGUGGCGGAUCUCGUGACCGUAAGAAUAAUGAAGGUAACGGUCGGAUUGAAGUAUAUACUACUAAGCGUUGAUGAAAUCAUACCAUUGUGGGAUAGAAAGCCCUGCAUAUGUAGCAGUACCUAGCUGGGGAAAGGACAUUUAUGUUACCGAUGGAUAGUGUUGUUCACAUUAUACAUAAGGAAGGUAACCAGCGAGUUAUGGUCCAGAAGGAUACAAAGCUAGAUGGACCUCGAGGUUUGUGCUGGAUAAAUAGAAGUCAGGUGUGCAUUGCUGGAUGCAGUUCCAAAAAUAUUGUGCUGAUGUCUUCUGAUGGAAGGAUGUAUGAAGAACUUUUGACAGAAAAAGAUGGCAUUACUAUUCCGUUAAGUAUGUGUUUCGAUAAAAACCAAUCCAGACUUGUUGUUUCAACAUUUAACAGUAAUAAGAUCAAGGUCUAUAGCUUAAAAAUAAAUAAUUGUUAAUGCCCGAAUGAGAUCAUACGUAACCACAAAUUACUUGUCUUAUGUGUAAAGCUGAUGAAAGUUUUCGAGAUUUACAUUGAUUUGUUUUCUUUUCAUUCUCCCUUUCCUACACAGACUUAACAAAAUGGAACCUUCCGAUCAGAUUUUCGAAAUGUCCUUUAUGUAAUCAAUAAUGUAUACCAAAGGAAUUUAGUACAAAUAAGUUACAUCUC